AUGGAUCCAUAUGGUGGCCGCAUUGGUUCGGCAGAUACCAAUGAACGCGACGCGUCGUAUCGCAUUGUUGCGGAUCAUAUGAGAGGAAUAGUCAUGGCUUUGGCUGAUGGUGUUGUGCCAAGCGCUGUUGAUUCAGGGUUCAUUAUACGUAAAAUGUUACGGAGAUCGUUCUGGCAUGCAGUGAGCCGUUUAGGAAUUGAUCGUUACGCAUGCUCGGAACUUGUACCUGUUAUUGUUGACACUCUGAAGCCAGCUUAUCCAGAAUUGUCUCACUGUGGAGAGAAUAUAGCGAAAAGUGUGAUGGAGGAGGAAGAACAUUAUUGGGAGAUUGUAGACAAAGGAAGCACUAUUUUUGAACAGAUGCGUCUGAACAUGCCUGCGAAUGAAAGAAUUUUUUCAGGAGAAAACGCUUGGAUGCUACAUGAUACUCAUGGCAUUCCAAUAGAAAUCACCGAAGAUCUCAGUGAAAGACACGGUCUCACCGUUGAUCAUAAAAGAUUUUACGAGCUCAAGGAAGAGGCGAAGGUGCUUUCCAAAAGUCAAAGUAAAUUUUCUGCUGGUUAUUCUAUGGAUAUGUCAGGGUUGGAGAAAUGCUCAGAUAAUGCGAAAUAUGAGUACUGUCUUGAGGCAGAUGGAUCGUAUUCGUUUCCUCAAAUCACCACUAAGGUAGUGGCCGCCUUUAGCAACGGUAAACGAGUGCCUUCAAUCUCAUCGUCAGGAUCGAUUGUAUUGGAAAAUUGCCAGUUUUAUGCUGAAGAAGGUGGUCAGAGUAGUGACAAAGGCGUGCUGGAAGUUAAUGAGGAGCGUCGGCUUGCUUUGAUGCGUGCCCAUUCGGCAACACAUCUUCUUAACUGGGCGCUACGACGCGUUGGAGCAGGAAGAGGGCAACGAGGAUCAUCCAUCGAUGAGGACUCUCUGAGAUUCGACUAUGCAACUGAUGACUGUGCUGGAGAAGAUGAUAUUAUCGAAAAUGUUGAAGCACUCAUAAGAAAUGUAAUAUCCGAAGGUAAAAAGGUUGUGGUAGAAGAGGUGGCCUUCAAAGACGCAGCAAAUAUUCCAAAUUUGCAGUCGGAAUUCAAAGAGGGGAAGAAGUACCCAGAUGUUGUUCGAGUAGCUCGAGUCGGCGGUCGUGUUGAAGAUGCUUUUGCCGUGGAGUGCUGUUCUGGCACCCAUGUCUUGAAUACAUCGUCGAUAGUUGACUUCGCAAUUAUGAGCGACCGUUCAUCAGCGAAGGGUAUACGACGGAUAAUGGCG